UUGGAAGUGCUGUCAAAACAAAAUGUGAAAUUGUCAAAUGUUGCGUUCUUAUUAUGUUAGAAUAAACGAUUCAAAAAAUCCACCUAAUUGUGUUUAUUAGCUCAGUGUCCGUAACCGCAGGCUUACAUUAUAAACAGAAAACCAUGUAGCUACUCUGUCUUAAUUAAGUUCCGUUAAGCUGACUCCGACUCGAGACUGAAUGAAUAGUGUUUCUUCAGAACAGCCUGACUGUGUCUUCAGGCUUCUCACGGGCUCUUUCGUUGUUUCUGUCUGUCCUCUUCUCUUUUUACCUUCAACUCUUCCAAUUAGUGCACUUUAAAACAUGCGGUCACUGAGUUUUGUUCAGCGGGUUUGUUUGGACUUCACCGGUUCAUUGUUUCCUCAUGCUAUAUGCCUCGGAGACGCCGAUAACGACUCGUUGAAUGAGCUUGUGGUUGGUGACACAAGUGGAAAGUUGUAUAUCUACAAGAAUGAUGACUCCAAGCCCUGGCUCACUAGAACCUGUGUUGGAAUGCUAACUUGCGUUGGAGUAGGAGACGUGUGUAACAAAGGCAAGAACCUUGUGGUAGCUGUUGGUGCUGAAGGCUGGUUCCACUUGUUUGAUGUUUCUGCUGCAGCCAAAGAUUCCUCCAGCCAGCUUGAUGGAAUCUUCUGUGAUGAGCAGAAGCCAUGUUUUACCCAGCACAUCCCUGCUAAUACUAAAGUGAUGCUCAUCAGUGACAUUGAUGGUGAUGGACGCAGCGAACUUGUCGUGGGCUACACUGACCGUGUAGUGCGAGCGUUCCGUUGGGAGGAGCCAAGUGAUGGGACUGACCUGAGUGCGGGUCAGCUGGUCCUGCUAAAGAAAUGGCUGUUGGAAGGACAGCUUUCACAUUUCAAUCUACAGGUAGACAGCUUAUCAGUGAACUCAGGCCCAGAUGGCCAACCUGAGCUCAUGGUCUCACAGCCUGGCUGUGGUUAUGCAGUUCUUCUCUGCUCCUGGACACAAGAGGGCACUUCAGCACAAGGAGAAAACAGUUCAGCUGCCUUUGCUGGUCAAGGGCCCUCCAGAGAUGUUGUUCUUCAUCUGACCACUGGUCGCAUCCAUAACAAGAACGUGUCCACCCAUUUAAUAGGAAGCAUCAGCAGAGGGUCUAAAGAAGAAGAGUCCAAAGGAGGCUUAUUUGCUCUCUGCACUUUAGAUGGUACCUUAAAGUUAAUGGACUGCUCUGAGCAGCUUCUAUGGUCAGUGCAGGUGGAUCACCAGCUCUUUGCUUUGCAGAAGCUGGAUGUCACUGGAGAUGGAAGAGAAGAGGUCGUGGCCUGUGCCUGGGACGGCCAGACUUAUAUUAUUGACCAUAAUCGAAUGGUGGUUAGAUUCCAGUUUGAUGAGAAUGUGAACGCAUUUUGUGCUGGACAAUAUGCAUGUAAGGAGGGCAGGAACACCCCAUGUCUGGUGUAUGUGAGUUUCAGCCACAAGAUCUAUGUGUACUGGAGGGUUGAGCUGGAGUGCAUGCAGCCCACUAGCCUGCAGAAAGUGCUGGAGGUGAAGCCCAAAUAUACUGAUCUGCUGGGCAAACUGGGAGUGGGUCCAUUAGACCAAGAGCUGAGGGACCUCCAGUAACAUCAAUCAUAAUUCUCUUUAAGCCCACUUGAAUUUCUUGCUUGCACCCACUACUCCUCUACUCAACGGCCCUGUUUGCACAUCAAAUAACAAAUCAAUCCCAGAGGACAAAGUGUCAUAUGUUUUUUCAAGUGAGGCACAAUCAAUAAGCAUGAACUGACAGACUGACACAUUUAGGAUUAUGGCUUUGCUUUCCUAAAGUGUAUAUUGCAUACUUUCCUUUUAUUGUUAUUAAAAUGAACUUUUGUAUUAUGUAAUAAUAUACAAAAAUACAUUGUAUCGUCAAAAAUAUAUACUGAAAUACCUGACUCCCAAACACCAAAUUCAAAGUCAUAGAUGUUAAUGAUGAGUUGGACUUACUCUUGUGCUGCUCUUUACACCUCCACUCUUCCAAGAAGCCUUUCACUAAAAUUUGGAACAUGACUGCAGGGUUUCCCUACAAGUAUUAGCAAGAUGAAGUAGUGGUCAGCUGUGUGAACAGAAUAAAAUACAGUGGUACUGUGUAACUUGACGUCCCCUAAACUCAAAAUCUUUGAAACUCAAGAAAUUUGUACCCUUAAACUCGGCGUUUACUCUAAACUCGAUGUGUGUGCGACUGCCGCUUUGUUCAGAGCUUGACUUUCGUGGUGCAGGAAAACCUCAUCAAAGUGCGAAUAUGAGACGAAUCUGCAUUUGUGUGGAAUAACCGUCAAAUCCACUCUAAAAGCUCCACAUGUAUCUGUGUUCAGCUGGAUUUUCCUCCUGUUUCACUUUUAAACUUGUGUUAAAGCUCAGGGUUCUGAGAAAUUGUAAGAAUCAGCUUUUCCGAAAAGCUUAAUGUGACUUAAUGUAUUAAAAGA